AUGAAUUCCUAUUGGAUGAUGUUAUUAUUCAUUAUUAUCUGUGUCGAAAAUGUUCAAGCAAAGAAACCGAUUCGAACGUAUUUAUUAAUGCGAGACGAUCGAAUGGAUAAAAACGGUUUUAGUCGCUUUUCUGUACUAGAUUCGAGCGGAAAAGAGCAUUUGUAUCGACUGAAAAGUUCGUACACGCACGAUCGUCUCGAACUGAUCAGUUAUCCAUCGAAAGAAGUUACGGCUUGUGUGGAAGGACAAUGGAAAGCGGAAAUAUUAAAUGUUAGUUUUCAAAUAUUUGAUUCGAUUCGAAACGAAACGACAAAUGGCACAAUUCAGAAAGUUUUUAACCUAUUUGUCGAAACAUAUACCAUCGAAUGGAAUUACGAAAGUUUUCUUUUGAAAAAGAAACUCUUUACAUCAUAUCAUAAGUUCUACGACUGGAAUGGAAAUCUUUUGGGACAAUUUCGGAAGAGAUUUCGUUGGUUCAGUUGGUCGUCAUUCGUAUACGACUUGAAAAUAUUCAUUGAUAAACUCGCACAUGAAGUGUACUUUUUUUCCGUAGCCAUCGCGGACCAUCGCAAUCUGAUGGCUUAA